AUGCCGUCACAUCGCGAAGUGGUCAAGGUCACGCCAGCUCCGGCCGAGAACCUGGAUGGUGAGGAUGACGAGGAAGACAGCAGCAGCAGCAGUACUGACGACGAACCCGCCCGGAAACCCAAACGCAAAGCAUCCUCCGAGAGAGUGCGGUCUUCGUCAGAUUCUUCGUCCGAGAGCGCCAGCAGUAUCAAGCCCAAAAGGCUCACGUAUCCUCCUUCGCCCAAGCGUCCACGUCCGUCGCGUUCUGGCUCCACUUCGGGCAAGAAGUCUGACAGCCUGCGUUCCCAGGCGAGGGUUGAGUUGGAAAAGCGCAAGUCGACUCUCGCCCGGGAGAAGUAUGAUGAGCUGUGA